GUGGGAGCCGCUCUAUAAAGAGCCCGGCGCAGCGUCGCGGCGGGAUUCGGUUUCGCCGCCGCAGCCCGAUGAGCCGCUUCUUCCUCUCCGUGCUCGCCCUGCCCGCCGGGGGGGCCCUGGCCGCGGCCGCGACGGGGAGCCAGUUGCUCUGCCAAGCAGCCGAGAUCCCCAAGGGGGAAAAUGCCAGUACGAAGGAGGCAAAGGCAAACAACACCAAGUGGUGGCCAAGUUAUGAGAAGAAACACCCCACAAGGAAGACCAAGUGUGACCUGACUGGCUGGUGGAAGAAUGACUUGGGCUCCAAGAUGCUUGUGUCUAAGGUUGACAACCUGGGAAACUUCUCUGGCGAGUACCACACUGCUGUGUCCAGUGCCCAGAAACCCAUUGAGCCAUCCCCCCUGAUUGGCUCCCAGCACUUGGAUGAAGAUGGGCAAUGUACCUUUGGCUUCACUGUAAACUGGAAGUUUUCUGACUCCACAGCUGUCUUCACGGGCCAGUGCUUUGCUGGAGAAGGUGGGGAGGAGGUCCUGCAGUCCACCUGGCUGCUGCGGGAGAAGGUUGACUCUCUGCCCAGUGACUGGAAAGCCACCAGGACUGGCCACAACGUCUUCACUCGGCUGGGCUGAAAGGAGAAGGGGGAAGCCUCUCAUCUCAGUGGGACUUGGAAGACUCAGUGUUUACCAGCAUGAGGGGUGCUAUCAGCUCUAUGUGAAGAUACUCCCCCAAAAAAUAAAGUUUUUUCCUUUAAAUCCAA